AUGGAGUCGAAAAAGGUGGACAUUCUCGCGGGCGAAAUCAUGCACGAACUGUUCCGUCGUGGCGUGCCGAACGACCGCAAUAUGCUGUCAGCAAGUGCAUUGGUGUCCCCGGCGUACUACCACGUCGUGGGGGAGGCUCAUGAGGCGUAUAUGAAGGCUGGCGCGACGAUGCUCGUGACGAACAAUUACUAUGUGACCCCAGGCGUGGGGUUUACUCCGGAUGAAAUCCGCAUGUACACCGAGACGGCAGGCGAAUUGGCCGCGGACGCUCGCGCGAAGUUUGAGCCCAAGAAUCGCGUCCAGAUCUGCGGAUCGCUGCCGCCACUCGUGUACAGCCUCCGGUCGGACCGCACCGUUGAGCGCGAAAAGGGGCUCGACACGUACUUGCUCAUUGGCGAGGCUUUGCUCCCAUCGGUUGACGUGUUUCUCGCCGAGACGAUGUCGUCACUCGCUAAAGCGAAGUUGGCAUAUGAGGGUGUGUUGACACUGAAGGUGCCCGUGAUGGUGUCUUUUGCUCUAAAUAGCACUGGCCAGCUACGCAGCGGAGAAGAAGUGGUUGCCAGCGUGCGAAGUCUGAUCGAGUUCUGCACCAGUCAUACGGAGUUGCCUCCCGGCGCAGAUGAAGGCGCAGCAAGUUUGUUGAAAGGCAUCUUGUUCAACUGCUCUCAGCCGGAAGAUAUAACAAAGGCGAUACGGCGGCUGAGUGAGGACUCAGAUGUGGAGAGUAUGAUGAAGAAGUAUGACAUCCGUUGCGGUGGCUACGGUGACCGUAUUUCGCCAAAGUCCAAGGCAGGCGCCAUGGAAGAGUCACUAGUUCCCGGUGCGCUGCAGUCAGUCGUGGAUAUGGAGGUGUUUGGCAAGUUUGCGACUCGCUGGAUUGACGACGGCGCAAGUAUUAUUGGCGGCUGCUGCAGCAUUUCACCCGAAUAUGUGCAGCGUCUUGGAGAGAUUCUUGCGCAUGAUGUCGACCACGCGGAGGAUCCUGUCAUGUAA